ACCGUAGAGCCACAUCCCAGUGCCCAACUGUGCUGCCCUUCUGGGACCAAAGGAGGACCCUGGUCACUUCAUUUUGUGCCACAUGAGAGCUCUAUCUGGCAGCAUGGCCGGUGGACUGGAAAAAUGCUUGUCUUGGACUGGAUUCACUCUUCUCUGUCUUAAAAUGGUUGCUUCAGCAAAAACAGCUCCCGAAAUACCCACCAUCGAUCAGGCGUAUUCAAAAAUCAGCAACAGCAUCACUGUAGAAUGGGCUACAGUGCCAGGGGCCACCAGUUACCUCCUCACAGCCAAAGACGGGGACACAGUCAUUGAAACCAUGGUGGCCAAUUCCCCAGGCACUGUGACAGGCCUGAAGGCUGCGACCUUAUACCAGAUCACCAUCAGAUCCAUUGGUGCUGCAGGAAAAAGCCAGGCCUCGCCUCCAAAGCAGGCAAAGACAGUGUUGUCCGCACCGAUUCUGGAAGUAAGCUCUCCAAGUCCAGACUCCAUUCUUGUGCAGUGGGAAGCCGUAUACAUGGCAAUUGGAUUUUCUGUGUCCAUUAUGCGAGCCAAUGGCUUGGGUAGGAUAUGGAAAGAGAAUACUACAAACACCUCCUUGACAUUCACUAGUUUAGAUGCCGGGACUCUCUAUACCAUAAAGGCCUACGCGUGGAAUGCCAAUGGAAUCCCUGGGGAUGACUCCACCUGCAAUCAGAGAACAAGUCCUCGUGCCCCUGCCAACAUUCGAGUCUCUUUUGAUAGUGGGACUCUGAAAGCCUCUGUUUCUUGGGCACCAACAGAAGGAGCUUUCAACUAUACUGUGAUGGCCUUGAGUGACUCUUCGGAGUUGAGCUGCAGUACAACUUUUAUUUCCUGCACCAUCUCUUCCCUCCAGUGUGGAACUGAGUACUUGAUUUCAGUUUCAGCAAGGAACGAUGCUGGAUCUAGCAGAUCAUCUUCAGCAGUGACCCUGAAAACUGUUGCUUGUGCACCUGGAAGAGUGACAAUCCAAGAAGACCCCCCUGGCCACCUAUCUGUGACUUGGUCCAAUGUAGAGUUGGGGGAUUACUAUGUGGCCUUCGUGAAGAGCGAUGAUGGCUUGGAAGUACACUGUAACACAUCCCUCACCCAGUGCAAUUUCCUAUCUGAGUGUGGCUUCACCUACUUUAUUAGUGUUUUUGCCUAUAACAAAGCUGGGCAGAGUCCUCUGGGAGAUGUAUUCAAUUAUACCACAGCUCCCUGUUGUCCUAGUGACAUUAACCCCGUGUUGGUGUCCAGUGACAGAGUGGAGAUUGUCUGGUCUCCUGUCCGUGGGGCCGAGCUCUAUGAAACCAAAGCAGUAGACGGGUACAACGUGGUGGAGUGCAACGACACGGCCCCCGCUUGCACACUCUCCGCUCUCGAGUGUGGCACCAAGUACAACAUCACGGUGUACUCGUUCAGUGUGGUCCGUGGCAGCAACACGUCCUGUACUUCGCGGUUCGUAACCACAGCUCCUUGUAGUCCUGAAAUAAAAAGUGUUUCAAAGGAUGCAUUCUCCAUGAUUAACGUGCACUGGCGACCUACGAAUGAGGAUGCGACUUACACGGUGACUGCCCAGGGGGAGAAAGGGCUGUAUCGGUGCAGCAGCACGGGAGAGUCUUGUACCAUGGGGGCCUUGCCCUGCGGCUCUCUGUUCUCUGUCACUGCUGUGGCUGAAACGCAGGCCGGACAGAGUCUGCCCAGCUACAGCGUGCCCCUGGAAACAGUGCCGUGCUGUCCUGCCGGUCUGACAGUAACUCAGGUCACACAAUCAGUCGUCAACGUGAGCUGGACUAUUGGGACAGUGGCCCAAACCUAUGUGACAGUUUUGGAGUCACAGACUGGACAGUCAAAGUGUCAGACCCAUCAAAACCACUGUCUCCUGGGAUGCGUUGCGUGUGGCGUCAAUUACUCAGUGGCAAUAAAAGCAAUUAGUGCCACUGGGCUGACUGCGGACUGCGCCCACCAAAGUUACUCCUCUAGUGCCUGCUGCCCUUUAGGGGUGAAAUUAUAUAGGCUGGGCCCUAAUGGCAUUCGGAUCUACUGGCAGGCCUCCAGGGGUUCUGCCAAUUACAGCACCGACCUGUAUGGCUCCAAAGGCAUUUUCACAUGUGCUCCAAGUGCUGGUCUCAGCUUCUGUGAUGUCACUGAGAUACCCUGUGGGGAUGUGUACACUGUGAUGGUCUCACCAGUCUCUGAAACAGGACGGAAGCUUACUUUUUGUCCAAAAAAAAUAUAUUCAGGACAAGCUGGCCCCAAACACAGCCCUACGAGGACAGGAAUAGGUUCUUGGGACCCACCACAGACUCGAACAUACCACUUCAUGAGGCUUUCACCCAUAGUAGCAGGUGCCACUCAGCCCCCGAGCCAUUCAGGGUCAAGCCACCCGCACAGAGACAACACUCGACCCAAGACAGGUCUCCACCAGGCCUUCAGCAUGGGUGGGAUCGCGGGAGCUCCAGGCAACCUGCAGUCACCAACACCCUCAUCUCACACGAGGAGGGAAGCGGAGCUGCUGGCAGGGUCUCCGAGCCGAAGUGUCGAGUGA